AUGGACGGACGAAGAACAACGUCGGAGCUGGGUAUACAGCUCCCGGAGGCGAAGGUGGCGGCCGAGACCGGCACAAUGAGCGGUCCACUGGUGUCAGAUGGGGCCGAUCGGAAAGUUAGCCGGAAAACUGAACUUCUGCAUGUUGUGUUGAGGCUGGUGUGUCUUUUGACAUCCGUGACGGCGUUGUCAGUGAUGGUUACUGCAAAGGAAGCUUCCACUAUCUCCAUCUAUGGGUUUAACCUACCUGUGUACUCCAAGUGGUCCUUCUCUAACUCAUUCGAGUAUCUGGUUGGAGUUUCGGCAGCUGUUGCUGUACACUCUGUGCUUCAACUGCUUUUUAGUGUGUCAAGGCUGCUUCGGAAGUUUCCAGUAAUUCCUUCUAGAAACCAUGCAUGGCUUAUUUUUGCUGGAGAUCAGGUAUUUGCAUAUGCAAUGAUGAGCGCUGGGUCUGCUGCAUCAGGUGUCACUAACCUAAACCGCACAGGGAUCCGACACUCGGCUCUACCAAAUUUCUGUAAGCCCUUACAUGGUUUCUGCAAUCAUGUUGCUGUCUCCAUAGCCUUCACUUUCUUCACCAGCUUCUUGCUUGCCACAUCAGUUGUUCUUGACGUCAUUUGGCUAUCUAAGCACUGA